UACAGUUUGAACUGUUUCUUGUUGGAGGUUACAGAGCGCCAGAGAAGUUUUGUGUGGGAACGUAUUGUGUUGUUGGAGGGGACUAUCCACAGAAUAUUCAGCUAAUUCUCCUUAAAUAAGUUGAGAAUUAUAAGCGGAGAUUAUAAAGGAAACUAAGAGUUCAUCGUUAUUCGGCCGCUGUUUGGAGGAGCUGCCAUGUCUUCACACAGCGCGAGCGGAGCGAAGCGGGAGGAGAAGGGCCGGAACAUCCAGGUGGUUGUGAGAUGCAGACCUUUUAACACGGUGGAGCGGAAGUCGUCGUACGGCGUCAUUGACUGCGAUCAGAGCAGGAAGGAGGUGAUGGUGAGGACGGGAGGCAUGAACGACAAGGCGUCCCGGAAGACCUACACGUUUGACAUGGUGUUUGGCCCAGCCGCCAAGCAGAUCGAGGUCUACCGGAGCGUGGUCUGUCCCAUCCUGGACGAAGUCAUCAUGGGAUAUAACUGCACCGUGUUUGCCUACGGUCAGACCGGAACAGGGAAGACCUUCACCAUGGAGGGAGAGCGGAGUCCGGACGAGCAGUUCACCUGGGAGGAGGACCCGCUGGCCGGCAUCAUCCCGCGAACGCUGCAUCAAAUCUUUGAGAAACUUGCCGAGAACGGGACCGAAUUCUCCGUCAAAGUUUCCCUGCUGGAGAUCUACAACGAGGAGCUCUUUGACCUUCUCAGCCCCACCGAGGACGUCAGCGAGCGGCUGCAGCUCUUCGAUGACCCACGCAAUAAGCGCGGUGUGGUGGUCAAGGGUCUGGAGGAGGUGACGGUCCACAACAAGGAUGAAGUUUACCAGAUCCUGGAGAGAGGAGCCGCCAAGAGGAGGACGGCUUCCACGCUGAUGAACGCCUACUCCAGUCGCUCCCACUCUGUGUUCUCGGUCACCAUCCACAUGAAGGAGAUUUCUCUGGACGGAGAGGAGUUGGUGAAGAUCGGGAAGCUCAACCUGGUGGAUCUUGCCGGCAGCGAGAAUAUCGGCCGUUCAGGUGCUGUGGACAAACGAGCUCGCGAAGCAGGAAACAUCAACCAGUCUCUGCUGACGCUGGGACGGGUCAUCACCGCCCUGGUGGAGAAGAGGCCUCACGUCCCUUACAGAGAGUCCAAACUGACCAGAAUCCUUCAGGACUCACUGGGAGGACGAACGAGGACCUCCAUCAUUGCCACCGUGUCUCCGUCCUCCAGCAACCUGGAGGAGACUCUGAGCACAUUGGAGUACGCCAGCAGAGCCAAGAACAUCAUGAACAAACCCGAAGUCAACCAGAAACUCACCAAGAGGACGCUCAUCAAGGAAUACACGGAGGAAAUCGAGCGUCUGAAACGCGACCUGGCUGCCACGCGGGACAAAAAUGGAGUUUAUAUAUCAUCAGAAAACUACGAGAGCAUGACAACUCAGAUCACCUCCCAUGAGGAGCAGAUUUCAGAGUACGUGGACAAGAUCGCCGUCAUGGAGGAGGAGCUGAAGAAGGUGACGGAGCUGUUCAUGGACAGUAAGACUCUGCUGGAGCAGUGCACGGCGGACCUGGAUGAGAAGCAGCACAGGUUGGAGGAGACCAGCAGAAACCUGCAGGAGACCAAGGAGAAGCUGAUCCAGGAGGAGUUCAUUUGUUCGGAGCUCACAUCCGUUCAGGAAUCUCUCUACAACACAGCCGGAGAGCUCCUGAGUACCGUGGACGCCAGCACCGGAGACGUGUCGGGCCUCCACGCAAAGCUGGACCGGAAGCUGAAGGUGGAGCAGCACAACGUGCAGAUCCAGCAGAGCUUCGCUGGGCGGAUGGACGACGCCUUCAGCAGCAUGCAGCGCUGCGUUCAGGAACACGCAGACAAACACCACCUCAUGCUCAGCAGCUACUCGCAACACAUCGAUUCCCUGCUGGUCAUGAACGAGGCGGCGCUGAAGGGCAGCCUGAGCAGCGUGGAGUCGCUGGUGGGUGGAGUCAGGUCGCUGGUGGCGGAGGGCGUGGCCCGCAGUCGGGAGCGGGUGGAGCAGCAGGAGGGGCUGUGUCAGCGGGAGAAGGAGAGUCUGCUGGAGAUGCUGGAGGAGCACCAUCAUGAGAUGCAGGAGGUUCUGACGGCUCGGACUCUGAUGGGUUUAUCAACCGUAAGCGAGCUCAGCGACGCUCUGAAAACCUCAGUGGAGACUCAGCGAGCUCUGGUUGACCAGGUGGAGGCGAUGAAGGAGGUGGGGGUGUUUUUCAGCCAGCUGGUGAUGGAGCUGGGGUGUCUGCAGCAGGCCACCGUGCAGGGUCUGAGUGCCCUGCAGGCCCAACAUGACAAGCUGGAGGACGAGAUGAGACAAGCCCAGGAGAGACACCAGACGGGCAUGAAGCAGACCAUCCAGUGCCUGCAGGACCAGCUCACCCUGCUGACCAUGCAGACCCAGCAGGACUACGCAGACCUGCGCUCGGCCUCCAGAGCUCUGCAGACACCUGUGGCGAAGCUGCAGGAGAACAUCAGCAGCGGCUGCAGCUCAGUGGCAACUCAGGCUUCAGCCCAGGCAGACCUCCUCCUCGCCACCUCCUCCUCCCUGGCCUCCUCACUGCGCCUGACCACGGCUGAGAGCCAGCAGGCGCUGGAGGAGAUGAAGGGCUACUGCACCGACCUCCACAGCUCUGUAUCCGAUCUGGUGGACCAGCACCGAGGGUGGACUCUCCGGGCCAGGGAGCAUGUGGACUCCCAAACCCAGGAGCAGAUUUCCUGGAUGGGGAAGGUCUCCAGUGAAGCUCAGACGCUGCAGCAGAGCGUUGAGACGAGUGUCACCGAGCGGCUCCACGCGGCCAAGGAGGAACUGAACGGCCGGCAGGAAGAGGCGAGGCGGGCUCUGCAGUCCGUGCAGGACCAGACCUCUCUGGAUCGGACCGUCCUGGACCAGCAGCGGGCCAAGAUGGAGGACCACGUGGAGCGGAGCAAACAGCUGGUCCACAACUUCCUGCAGGACGAGCUGCAGCAGGACGUCCCCACCGGUACCACCCCCCAGCGUCGGGAGUUUGUGUAUCCCCGUCAGCUGAACAGGUCGCGGAGCCGCUGCGAGCUGCUGGAGAGCCUGAGGAGGCAGCAGGAGGAGCUGCAGACGGCCAUGGAGGAGGAGCAGGAGGAGGAGGACAAGCUCAGCCAGGUGGAGCAGGACUCUCUGGAGGAGGAGACGAGCAACAGUAAUGAGAGUUUGUCCACGGAGCCGUCCUUCAUGGACGAGAACCUGGUCUUCAACCAGACCAAACGGCUGCCCUUCUUCAAGCAGAAGAAAAGCAGCAAGAAGGACACGAAGUUUCCCAGCAAGAGAAAACCCGGCGAGAACGAAGCUGCAGCGACGCCUCAGAAAUCCCGGCUGCCGCUUCGCUGCCAGAACUGAGGCGCCACCAUGUUGUCUGUCCCGUCGUCUCCGAGCCUUCUGAAUGUUUCCAGUUUUAUCAGUUAUUGAGUUUAAAUAAAGACAUGGAUUCCA